AUGUGCUCCCAUCAGUCAAUGCUACACAAUGCUGUAUAUCUCACCGCCACAAUGGACUCUGUGUUUAUGUGUUGCAGUACCAUGUACUGGGCAUCGGGACUUAUGAAUUUACUACAGAGUCUCUUAUAUUCUGCCCUACGUAUUGUGCCCGAUAGAGCCUAUUGUCCAGGAUAUUUUCUCGAACUUAUCCAACGUUACAAAAUUACACAUUGCUUUGCCACCGUACACCAAUCCACUCAAGAACAAUUGGUAGAAAUCCUCAGCAAUAAUACAAAACGUCCUGCAAUCACCUAUGUCCUAUCGGAAAUAACGGGCGGUGUCACCCAGAAUGGUGGUUAUCCAUUCGAGUUUAAGGUGGCAACUGAAGAAAUAUAUGUUCACAGUCCCUAUAACUGGUUGGCUUAUUACAACAAUCCAGAGGUCACGGCACAAGCGAAGCAGGGAAAAUGGAUAAAGACAGGAGAUUUGGGUUUCUUUGACAACGAGGGUUUCCUACAUUUAAUAGGCCGUGCCAAAGAAAUGUUCAAAUGGAGAGGAUUCCAAAUAUGCCCCCAACCUAUAGAAGAGGUAAUACAACGUAUACCCGGAGUGACCGAAGUUUGCGUAUUUCUCAUACCCGAUUUGGUGGCUGGUAAUUUGACGGCAUGUGCCAUUGUAAGGAGUCAAGAUGUAAAUGGCCAGCAGUUGACGGCUCAAAUGAUAAAUGAAUAUCUCGAGCAGGAAAUGUAUAGUUUCUAUCAUAUAUGAGUAGGUAUUUAUUUUAUAGAUGCUUUACAGCGUACCGACACCGGAAAAGUGCAGCGCAUGAAGAUGACACAAAUUAUUAGAGAAAUUGAAAGAUAGUAUUUGAGUGUCGAGAUAAGUAGCACAAAUGUUCCAAGUGAUUCGCAAUACAAAUUAAUGUGA